AUGAGCGGAUACGACAGACGCAGCAGCAGGGACAGCGGCCGCGUCUCGGGCUUCUCCGACGGCUACGGCGCUCGCGAAUCGGAUCGGGGCGCCGGGAGGGACGAACCUCGAGCGUCGCGAUACGACGAUCGCGGCAGGAACGACGACGGCUACGGCUACGGCCGCGGCGGCGACGACCACGGCCGAUCGCCCUACCCGCCGCCGCCCGACGCGCGCGGUCCGCCCGCGCCGAGCUCGGGGGGCAGGCGCGACAGGCCCGACUCGGGCUUUGGCGAUCGGGAUCGCGCCGAUUACGGAUUCGACCGCCGCGGAGGUCAAGCCUCCGACGGGUACGGCGCCGAGCCGAAGCGCGCGCGCCGCGACAGCCCGUCCCGCGGUGGAUACGAUCGCUCCCCCGGCGGAUACGAUCGCGGAUACGAUCGCGAACGCGGCUAUAACGAGCCCGACCGCCGCGCCCCGCCGAGAUCGCCGCCCCGCGAUUCCAGAGGCGCGCCUCCCCAGUCCCGCGGCGGAGGAGACGGCUACGGCGGCGGUUUCGACGAUCGCGCGCCGCCGUCCUCCUACGACCGCGGGCGCGGACGCGACGCCGGCUACCCCCCGCCCCCGCGCCGCGACGCCUCGCGCGACCGAGCCCCCAACUCGGGCGGCGGCACAGCUGGCGACGAUCGGGACGAGCACCAGAUGGAGGUUCCCGCUGAGGUUGCCAAGAUCGUCAUCGGCGCCGGCGGCAACUCCAUCAAGGAUCUGCAGGACAGGACCGGCGCCCACGUCAUGAUCUACAAGCCCCAGCCCGGCGCGAGGGAGAGCGGCUACAGGCCCGUCAUGAUCCGCGGUUCCAGGCGAGCCGUGGAUCUCGCCACCGACGAGCUCCGCAGAGUCGUCCGCGACUACGAGGACGGCGUCGUCGGAGGCAAAGCCGGGCGAGACCGGGGCCACGACCGGGGCGGCUUCGGCGACAGGUACGGCGGCGGGUACGAACGCGACGCCGCUCAACGCGGAGGCGGAGGCGGGGGCCGUUACGACCGUUACGACGAUCGCGGCCCGAAGAAACCUUACGACGCUCGCGGCGGCUACGACGACCGCCGCGGUUCCUUCCCGCCCUUCGGGGCCAACGACGGCGCGGAUCACGUCCAGGAGCGCAUCGAGUGCCCCGUCGAGAAUCGCGGGAUCGUCAUCGGCAAGAACGGCAAGCAGGUGCAUCGCAUCGAACGGGACACCGGCGCGAAAGUGUCGAGCCAAGGGGACGAGCCCUUUCUCAUCAUUCGCGGCACCCCGACGAGCGUUCGCAACGCGAGGUCCCAGAUCGCGUCCAUACUCGACGCCGCGGACAUGCCGCCGCUGCCGCCGCCGCCCCCCGAGGGUGCGCAACACGCGCUCGAGGUUCACGUCGAGCGCGAACACAUCGGCAAAGUCAUGGGCUACGGCGGCAUGACGAUCAAGCGCGCGCAGGCGGAUACCCAGUGCGUGAUGAAGUGGGACAAGGAGAACCAACGGAUCCAGCUGUGGGGCUCGCCCGACAUCGUCGAGGCCGGCCGCAGGCGAAUCGAAGAUUUGGUCGAGCAGGCCAAGGUGGAGAUCGCCAAGGAGAACGCGGACGCCACCACCGUCGAGGUACCCACGCGCGGUCACACCGGCUUCAUCAUCGGCGGCGGCGGUCAAAACGUAAAGCGGAUGGAGCGCGAAACCGGGGCGCGGCUGAGGAUGGACGAUCGCGCGCAGAUCAUGGUCAUCACCGGGAGGAGCGCCGCCGUGGAGAAGGCGGCGAGGAUGGUGGAGGAUGCGGUGGAGAGGGCCGAGGCGAUCGAGCGCGGCGAGCCCCCGGAGCGCCGCGAGGGCGGGGACGACAGGUACAGGGACGAUUUCCGUCGCUGA